AUGCUUGAAACUGAAUCUUCACUUUUAAAUAGGUCAGUUGACCAAGACCAAGGAAAUUUAGAUAUCUUGGUUAAUUCAGGAAUAUCUUUACAAGACAUAAAUAAACUAAGGGCCUCUGGUAUUUGUACACUAAAAGGUAUUCUUAUGACUCCUAAAAAAUCUUUAAUUAAAAUUAAAGGAUUGAGUGACAUAAAAAUUGAGAAAAUGAAAGAUGCUGUUAAUAAACUUUUAAAUGUAGAUUUUAUUACUGCCUCUGCUUAUGCACUUAAAAGGUCACAAUUAUUUAGAAUAUCUACUGGAAGUACAGAUUUCGAUUCCCUUUUGGGAGGAGGAAUACAGACAAUGAGUAUUACUGAAAUGUUUGGAGAAUUUAGAACUGGUAAAACACAAUUGGCUACUACAAUGUGUAUAACAGUACAACUAUCUGAAGAAGAAGGUGGUGCAAAGGGUAAAGCGGCGUUUAUAGACACAGAAGGAACAUUUAGACCUGAGAGAUUAAGGGAAAUAGCUAAUAGAUUUAAUAUUGAUCCUGAUGAAGCAUUAGAUAAUAUUAUUUAUGCUAGGGCAUAUAAUAGCGAACACCAAAAUGAAUUAGUACAACAGCUAGCUGUUAAAUUUGCAGAAGAUUCGAAAUAUAAACUACUUGUUAUUGAUUCUAUAAUAUCAUUAUUUAGAGUAGAUUUUAGUGGUAGAGGAGAAUUAGGAGAAAGACAACAAAAAUUAAAUCAAUUCUUAUCAAAAUUAAUUAAUAUUUCAGAAGAAUUUAAUAUAGCAGUAUUAAUUACGAAUCAGAUGAUGGCAGAUCCAUCAGGAGCAAUGACAUUUGUUGCAGAUCCUAAAAAACCAAUAGGAGGUCAUGUCUUGGCACAUGCUUCUACUACACGAAUAUCAUUAAGAAAAGGCAGAGGCGAGACUAGAAUAGCAAAAAUAUAUGACUCCCCUGAUUUCGCAGAGGCAGAAGCUACUUAUUCAAUUACUGAAGGUGGGAUUUCUAAUGUAACAGAUAAUUAA